CUGGGCAAUUCAUCUGAAUUGAGGCCAGGUGAAUUUGUUGUUGCUAUAGGAAGUCCAUUGUCUCUUAGCAAUACUGUCACUUCAGGUGUGAUUUUCAGGUGAGCUCUCCUAAUCGUGCUUCACAAGAAUUGGGACUUCAUGGUAAGAAUAUGGAAUACAUUCAAACAGAUGCUGCUAUUACUUUUGGCAACUCGGGGGGGCCUCUAGUUAAUUUAGACGGUGAAGCCAUUGGAAUAAACAGUAUGAAAGUUACAGCAGGAAUAUCAUUUGCAAUCCCAAUUGACUAUGUAAAAAAAUUUCUAAUGAAAACCCAAGAUACACCAAAAAUAUUAGGAAACAAAAAGAAAUACAUGGGAAUUACAAUGUUGACCUUGACUCCAGAAAUAUUAACGGAAAUGCAACUGAGGAAUCAAAAGAUCUCCCCUGACGUGCGUUAUGGUGUUUUAGUUUGGAAAGUUAUUCUCGGAUCACCAGCUUAUAGUGGAGGACUUAAACCUGGAGAUAUAGUAAUUGAAAUAAAUAAAAAAGCUGUUAAGAGUGCACAAGAUAUCUACUCUAUAUUAGCUGAUAUA